CACAAGGCCGUCGCCAGUGGAAUCGAGAGAUGCUGUGCGGAGCGACAAGACGCUGCUGCGACGAGCGGCCGGCGACAAGCGGAGAGAAAGAAGGUGGCCGGCUGUCCAAACGAGCCAAGCUCACGCGCCUGGCGGGAAGACUUCGAAAGAACCUGACUGGGAGGAUGAUGUGUGGGAUGGACAGUCUUCUCCGACGUUACGGUUCGAAAAGAAUGAGCCACACAGUAGCUAAACCUCUUCAACCCAAGAAACACCCUAUUUCAGACGAUUAUCGCCUAACGGGAAGCGUUCUAGGUCUUGGUAUCAACGGCAAAGUGUUGGAAUGUUAUUCUCGUGUCACCGGAGAUAAGUACGCGCUGAAGGUAUUAAAAGAUGUUCCUAAGGCCAGAAGAGAGGUUGACAUACACUGGCGAGCCUGCCAUCAUCCCAGUACCCACCACAUUGUCAAAAUACAUGAUGUCUAUGAAAACAAUUAUUCAGGGCAGCGAUGCUUACUUGUGGUCAUGGAAUGCAUGGAAGGUGGGGAGCUGUUCACAAGAAUACAGGAGAGAGCAGACAGUGCUUUCACAGAAAGAGAGGCAGCAGAAAUCAUAAGAAGCAUUGCGAAGGCCAUUGAUCAUCUGCAUUCCAUGAAUAUUGCACACAGAGACUUAAAGCCUGAAAACCUGCUAUAUACAGACAAGACACCACAUGCUAUUCUCAAGCUGACUGACUUUGGUUUUGCCAAAGAAAUCAAUGCUUACAAGUCUCUUCAAACACCAUGCUACACACCAUAUUAUGUUGCACCCGAAGUUUUAGGUCCCGAGAAGUAUGACAAGUCAUGUGAUAUGUGGUCACUAGGUGUUAUCAUGUACAUACUAUUGUGUGGUUAUCCCCCAUUUUACAGUAACCAUGGAGCAGCUAUUUCACCAGGAAUGAAGAAGAGGAUUAGAAAUGGACAAUAUGAAUUUCCAAACCCAGAGUGGAGCAGGGUUUCACUUGAUGCCAAAGACUUGAUACGAGGAUUAUUGCGCACAGAUCCAGAUCAACGAAUGAACAUAAAGCAAGUAAUGGCCAAUAAGUGGGUGGCGGACUCGGCCAUGGUUCCACAGACACCCCUCAUGUCAGCAAGAGUGUUGAGGGAAGAAGAGGAUGUGUGGAUGGACGUCCAGGAGGAAAUGACAAAUGCUUUGGCCACAAUGAGAGUAGAUUAUGAUCAGGUUAUAAACAUCAAGAACCUGCAGCAAUCUAACAAUCCUCUUCUCAAGAAACGCCGCCGAAAGGAGCCUGGCCAGGAGACAGUUCCAGAAGAAACGCUUGCAACACCCAUGUAGUAACAAAGAUAUAGUAAAAAUAUAAAAAAAUAUGUUGCCAAUAGUUUUACUUUAAAUUUAAUUAAUUUCUUGAUAUGGUUGAGUUGUGUUAUUGUACGCAACUUCAAUUAGUAAGAAUUAAUAGCUGACCCAAGGUCAGUGCAUGCACAUUUAUUUACAUAAGUUAAUUGGAGAACAUACCCAUGGAACUGUUGUUUAUAACUCUCUUCUCAUUACUGCUGCUGCUACUGCACACAGCUUGAUGUUCACAGUGUUUUACCAGGUCAAGAGUUUUCAUGUUUGCAUUCCUUUGGAGAGAGUGGUGUGAACCUGUAAAUCAUGCUGAACAUAGACAAAUCUGUUAAAAAGCAUUUGAAGAAUCAGAAUUUGGCAGUUCAAUAGUGAGGACCAAUUUAAACAUUUUAAACCUGAAAAAUUAUUUCAUUAUUUGGCCUGCUUUCUGUUACUUUGCUGCAGCAUACCAGAUGCCUUGUAAAAACAGGGUAGGAAGGUCUAUUAUCACAUCUUUGCAUUGUGCAUUUAAUUUUUCUUGAAAGUAUUUCUGUAGCAGUGGCUUUUGAAGCAGCCAUGUCUCCCCUUUUUUAUGCACUUUCAUACCAAAAUUUAUGAUGUAGUCUAUUUACAUUUUGAUAUGCAAUUGAAACUUGAUCUAGUGCAGAUAUCAAGUCGACUACUGUUUGCUUAAUUGUUAUAUGUACAGAACUAUUGCGGUCAAAAGAGCUUUGUGUCUGAGAGUGAGAGAAAGAUACUGAAGAUUGUUCAUGUGUGCAUGCAAGUAGAAUUUGAGAACAGUAAAGUUUACUUUGAUAGGAUCAGGGAAAUCAAAGACAAUUUGUAAACAGUUUGUUUUUAAAUUGUAUUUUAAAAUUGUUUGCUUCGUGAACAUGCUGAAGUGUGUUAAGUAUGUUUUGUACAUGCAGUUACUGAUUGGGUUGCAAUAGUGUGCUAUAAUGUUAAUUUUAUAAAUUUGUAAUCAAAUGUCAGAUAAUAUAGUGUGUUGGUGUGUUUCUGAAUGCAGUGCAUGAAUGUAGUUCUUAAGUCUAGUGCAACUGCAGCAAUAUUAUGAAGUCAAUUAAAUUUAAACAGCGGUAUAAAAAAAAAUGGAAGGCUAAUUUUCAUAUUUUAUUAUACCAGUUUAGUCAGUGUUAUAAAGACUUAAAAACUGGUUAGAGCUUAACAUCACAUCUUACUUGUAUAUUGAACAUAUUUUUCGUAUAAUUCAUGCUGAUGUCCACAAAAUUUUGCAUUUGCAUUGCUACUUGAUUUUCUGAACUGUUUUUUUUUUUUUUUUUU